UAAACCCCUAAUAACUUCAUUUCUACCAAUUCAACAAUGACCCUUGGAUGUCCUUCAUCCUACUCCUUACUCCCCCGACUCAUCAUCACUCCUUGCUUCUUCAUAUUUCUCCUUUUCCUUUUGUACUCAAUAUCAUCAUUCCAUGUCACUUUUACAUUUGCCUCUACACCUAUCACUUCUUUUUCGAAAGUUGAACAAGAUCAAGAAGCACUUGCUCUUCUAACAUGGAAGGCUAGUCUUGAUAAUCAAACCCAAUCUUUCCUCUUUUCUUGGUCUGGACGCAAUUCUUGCCAUCAUUGGUUCGGAGUGACUUGUCACAGGUCAGGAAGUGUCUCCAGUUUAGACCUUCAAAGUUGCGGUUUGAGAGGUACACUCCAUAAUCUCAAUUUUUCAUCACUUUCCAACCUCCUUACUCUUAAUCUUUAUAACAACUCCCUCUAUGGAACCAUUCCAAUCAACAUUGGCAAUCUUUCCAAACUGAUCAUAGUUUUGGACUUUCGUUUCAAUCAUUUCAUUGGUGUAAUAUCUGACCAACUUGGAUUUCUAACAUCUCUUAGCUUUCUAGCAUUGUCUUCUAAUAAUUUCAAAGGCCCAAUUCCUCCUUCCAUAGGGAACUUGAGGAACUUAACCACAUUGUACCUUAAUUCAAACAACCUAUCUGGUUCUAUUCCUCAAGAAAUUGGAUUGUUGAGAUCUCUUAAUGUUAUUGAUUUGUCAACUAAUAAUCUCAUUGGCUCAAUCCCUCCUUCCAUAGGUAAUUUGAGGAAUUUAACCACUUUGCUCCUUCUGAGAAACAAACUAUCUGGUUUUAUUCCUCAAGAAAUUGGAUUAUUGAGAUCUCUUACUAGUAUUGAUUUGUCAACUAACAAUUUCAUUGGUCCAAUCCCUUCUUCCAUAGGUAACUUGAGGAACUUAACCACUUUGUACCUUAAUUCAAACAAUCUAUUUGGUUCUAUUCCUCAAGAAAUUACAUUGUUGAGAUCUCUUAAUUAUCUAGUCUUGUCAUAUAACAAUCUCAAUGGUUCACUACCAACUUCCAUAGAAAAUUGGAAGAACUUAAUUAUUUUAUACAUUUAUGGUAACCAACUUUCUAGCUCCAUUCCUAAAGAAAUUGGAUUAUUGACAUCACUUGAGAAUCUUGACUUGGCAGACAACAAUCUUAGCGGUUCAAUACCAGCUUCCUUAGGAAACUUGUCCAAGUUAAGCCUUUUAUAUCUUUAUGGUAACAAACUUUCUGGAUUCAUCCCUCAAGAAUUUGAGUUACUGAGAUCUCUUAUAGUUCUUGAGUUGGGAAGUAAUAAUCUCACUGGUCCAAUCCCUUCUUUUGUAGGAAACUUGAGGAACUUAACCACCUUGUAUCUUUCUCAAAAUGGCCUUUUUGGUUAUAUCCCUCAAGAAAUUGGAUUGUUGAGAUUGCUUAAUAUUCUUGACUUAUCAUUUAACAAUCUCAUUGGUUCAAUACCAGCUUCUAUAGGAAACUUGUCCAGCUUAACCACUUUGGCUCUUCAUUCCAACAAACUUAGUGGUGCCAUUCCUCGAGAAAUGAAUAAUAUCACUCAUUUGAAAUCUUUGCAGAUAGGUGAGAAUAACUUCACUGGCCACCUACCACAAGAGAUAUGCCUUGGUAAUGCUCUUGAAAAAGUUUCAGCCCAAAGGAACCAUUUCACUGGUCCUAUUCCAAAGAGCUUGAAAAAUUGCACUAGCUUAUUCAGAGUUAGGCUUGAAAAUAACCAACUUACUGGAGACAUAGCCGAAAGUUUUGGUGUAUACCCUAAUCUAAAUUAUAUUGAUCUGAGCAGUAACAAUUUGUAUGGUGACCUUUCUGAGAAAUGGGGGGAGUGCCACAUGCUCACAAACCUGAACAUCUCCAAUAACAAAAUUUCUGGUGCUAUACCACCUCAACUUGGGAAAGCAAUUCAACUGCAACAACUUGAUCUCUCCUCAAAUCAUCUAAUUGGGAAGAUCCCAAAAGAAUUGGGUAUGCUUCCUUUACUGUUCAAGUUGUUGCUAGGCAACAACAAACUUUCAGGAAGUAUUCCUCUGGAAUUGGGAAACUUAUCCAAUCUUGAAAUCCUUGACUUGGCAUCAAACAACUUAAGCGGUCCAAUUCCCAAGCAACUGGGAAACUUCUGGAAAUUAUGGUCCUUGAACUUGAGCGAGAAUAGAUUUGUGGAUAGCAUUCCUGACGAAAUUGGAAAGAUGCAUCAUCUUCGAAGUCUCGAUCUUAGUCAAAAUAUGUUGACAGGAGAGAUGCCACCGCUGCUUGGAGAAUUACAGAACCUGGAAACGUUGAAUCUCUCCCACAAUGGGCUAUCUGGUACCAUCCCACACACGUUUGAUGAUUUGAUAAGUUUGACAGUUGCUGAUAUAUCCUACAAUCAAUUGGAAGGUCCUCUCCCAAACAUCAAAGCCUUUGCUCCAUUUGAGGCAUUCAAAAAUAAUAAAGGUCUGUGUGGUAAUAAUGUCACUCAUCUCAAGCCAUGUAGUGCUAGUCGAAAGAAGGCCAACAAGUUUUCUAUUUUGAUCAUAAUACUCCUCAUUGUGAGCAGUCUAUUGUUCUUAUUUGCUUUUGUUAUUGGCAUUUUUUUUCUUUUCCAAAAAUUGAGGAAGAGAAAAACCAAAUCUCCAGAAGCAGAUGUUGAAGAUCUAUUUGCAAUAUGGGGCCAUGAUGGGGAAUUGCUGUAUGAACACAUCAUACAGGGGACCGACAAUUUCAGUUCGAAGCAGUGUAUUGGCACUGGAGGAUAUGGUACUGUUUACAAGGCUGAGUUGCCAACAGGUCGGGUUGUUGCUGUGAAAAAGCUUCACUCAUCACAAGAUGGAGAUAUGGCUGAUUUGAAAGCUUUCAAAAGCGAGAUUCAUGCUUUAACACAGAUAAGGCAUCGCAGUAUCGUCAAGCUUUAUGGCUUCAGUUUAUUUGCAGAGAACUCAUUUUUGGUUUAUGAGUUUAUGGAAAAGGGAAGCUUGCGAAACAUUCUAAGAAACGACGAAGAAGCAGAAAAAUUAGAUUGGAUUGUGAGGCUAAACGUUGUUAAAGGCGUGGCUAAAGCUUUAUCUUAUAUGCACCAUGAUUGCUCACCUCCUAUAAUUCAUCGAGACAUAUCAAGUAACAAUGUUUUGUUAGAUUCAGAAUAUGAAGCUCAUGUAUCUGACUUCGGCACAGCUAGGCUUUUAAAGUCGGACUCAUCUAAUUGGACUUCAUUUGCAGGAACUUUUGGUUAUACUGCUCCAGAACUUGCAUACUCGAUGAAGGUGGAUAAUAAAACCGAUGUUUAUAGUUUCGGUGUUGUAACAUUGGAAGUAAUUAUGGGGAGGCAUCCUGGAGAACUCAUCUCAUCCCUGUUAUCAUCAGCGUCCUCCUCAUCUACAUCACCAUCAACUGCCGGCCAUUUCCUGUUGAAUGAUGUGAUAGACCAGCGCCCCUCACCUCCUGUGAAUCAAGUGGCAAAGGAAGUAGAGGUUGCAGUGAAGUUGGCAUUUGCAUGCUUGCGUGUUAAUCCCCAAUCUCGGCCAACUAUGCAACAAGUUGCUCGAGCACUCUCAACACAGUGGCCACCAUUGUCGAAACCGUUUUCCAUGAUUACAUUGCUUGAGCUGCAGGAUCAUGGUCAUGGGGGUGAAACUAGCUGAGGGUCCUCACUUCUCCAUGUAAAUUUGUUAUCAAUUGAUUAUUACUGUAAAAGCUUAUAUUGGGUAAAGUAAGAAGAUUUAUCAGGUCUGAAGAAGUUUCAGCAGAUAAGACAUACUGUUAUGACAUCCAUGGGGGUGGAAUGUGCAGGUGUACUACCGUGAAGAGACCCAUUCUGUUCCUGUUGAGAUGACAGAGGGGAAAUGUGAUGUCCUUGCAACCUUUGGAACUUAUUUUUGUUUGAAGGGUCCCUCAAGCAGUAGCCAAGUGGGCUACUGAAUAUGAAGAGCCUGCUGGGGAUGCACUUAAAUUCAAUCAUCCAGAAUCAUUGAUGUGUGUUAACAAUUGCUGUUCGAUCCUGAGGGCUGUCGUGGAAGAGCGUGGGAAUGUCAGAUGACUGUGUCUCUACUUCUGAGGCUGCCAAAUAAUCUGCAUCACCGGAUGCUUGGACAAGUUGAUUUUAUCAAUGGGGGGCCUCCAUGCCAGGGUUUCUCUGGGAUGAAUCCAUUUAACCAAACUAACUGGAGUAAAGUUCAGUGUGAAAUGAUCCUCGCCUUCUUAUCCUUUGCCGAUUACUUUCAGCCAAGGUUCUUCCUGCUCGAGCAUGUGAGGAACUUCAUGUCUUUCAACAAAGGACAGGCAUUCCGUCAAACUCUAGUAUGGUAGAGCAGUCUAUGAAGCAUUCAUCAGCAUUAUGACAUUUAUAUACCUCUGGUGUCAAUAACUCUGGAGGUUUGAAGGCGCGUCAGGGAGCCAUGGUCCCAAUUGCAUGGGGCGUGCUCCUUCCAUUUGGGACAAUCAUCCCAAGAUACUUCAAGCAUCAUGAUCCUCAAUUGUUUUAUCUUCAUAUCUUGAUCCAGAUUGUGGGUUUUCUUCUGGGUCUUGCUACUGUUGUCGUAGGAAGGACACUCUACAAUGGACUGGAAUCCGAUCGCUUUGGCAAAUUCAAGAUUCAGACCCCUCGAAUCCUUAGUGCUUGUCCUUAGCAUUCUUCAGGUAAUGGCAUUGAAUCUAAGUUUACUUCAGGUAAUGCUGAAAACAUCACUGGGUAGGGAGACUUGCUCUCUUCUUGGGAGCUCUGAAUAUUGUGAUUGGACUUUUAGUGGCAGAAGCAGGCUCGGGGUGGAAAAUAGGAUAUGGGUUUCUUGUAUCCUUCAUUCUUGUGACAGUCACCGUUUUGAACGUAUCCUUGGGGCUGCGGAGGUCCAAGAAGGCAAAUGACUCCUGUUUUUGGAUGUAAUUAGGUUUUUUGUUCAUGUGUCUGCACCUUUUUUAGGACCCUAACAAGUAAUCUUUUCAUUUUUUUCAAUAGAUUAUUGAGAGAGUGAUAAUUUCCAAGACUGUUGAAAUUACAUUUUUUUUUUUUAUGCUUAUCAGCAUGAACUAUGAGUUUUUUGUUA